AUGACGCAUGCGCUGGAGUGGCCCAGCCUCACUGCUCAGUGGCUGCCUGAUGUCACUCGGCCAGAGGGAAAGGACUAUUCUGUGCAUCGUCUCAUCUUGGGCACACAUACUUCAGAUGAACAGAAUCAUCUUCUCAUCGCCAGUGUCCACCUUCCGAACGACAACACUCAAUUCGAUCCCAACAACUACGACGCUGAUCGUGGGGAAUUCGGUGGCUUCGGUGCCGUCACCGGAAAGAUCGAAAUUAACAUCAAAAUCAACCACGAGGGUGAGCCCGAGUUGAGGCUCCGUGGUCACCAAAAGGAGGGCUAUGGUCUGACCUGGAAUCCCAAUUUGAACGGCUACCUUCUGUCCGCUUCGGAUGACCAUACUAUCUGCAUGUGGGACAUCAACGCAGCCCCCAAGGAGGGUCGCAUCAUUGACGUGCACACCAUAUUCACGGGUCACACAAGCGUGGUGGAGGACGUGGCCUGGCAUCCGCAGCAUGAAUCGGUCUUCGGUUCUGUCGCGGACGACAAGAAGCUCAUGAUUUGGGACACCCGCAGUCAGUGCACUUCCAAGCCCAGUAACUCGGUGGAGGCGCAUCUGGCUGAGGUCAAUUGUCUCUCCUUCAAUCCCUUUAGCGAGUACAUUCUCGCCACUGGCAGCGCCGAUCGCACUGUCGCGCUGUGGGAUCUUCGCAGCCUUCAAAUGAAGUUGCAUUCCUUUGAGUCGCACAAAGACGAAAUUUUCCAGGUGAAUCUGCUCUGCUUUCAUAGACGUUUUCUUAUUGUG